AUGGUUGACCCCCCAGACUUAUAUGGCCGAAACUCAUGCGUGGACCCGAGCGAACUAAGGCGAGCGUCGUCUCAACAAGACGAGGCCGCGGCCGAGGAGAUGCCGCCAUCCUCUUCUUUCUCUUACGCUGCAGCGCACACUCCUAGAGCCAGCGCCGGCCGCGCCACGAGCGCAGAGAACAACAACCUACUACUGAACGACGAUGACGUCGCUAGCGAACGAUCUUCGCACCGCGACCGAUUCCUGAGCGACGCUGAGCGUCUCGUAGCCAUGGACCCGCGUAAGACCCGCGAAUCCUUUGCCCAAGUCGACCACCGAGAGGACCAGUGGGCUUGGCAUGAGAAGCCUGUGGCCACCAUCCUGGAGGGCUUUGGAGUGGAACCCAAGCUCGGCCUGGACGCCGAGAACGCCAGCAAGCGCCUGGCCGAGAAUGGCCCCAACUCUCUCAAGGCAGAGAAGAGAGUCCCCGUGUACAUCAUCUUCCUGUUGCAGUUCACCAACGUGAUCAUCGGUCUGCUGAUGGCUGCAGCCCUGGCCUCCAUCGCUCUACAAGAGUACGUGGAAGGCCUUGCCAUCAUCGCCAUCGUGACGCUGAAUGCUGUCAUUGCUACGAUCCAAGAGCGCAACGCCAGCAACGCCCUCGAGGCGUUGCAGAAGAUGACGUCUCCGCAGUGCGUCGUACUGCGCGACGGCGGCCGCCAAGUCCAGAUCCCGAGCGAGCAGCUCGUCACCGGAGAUAUCGUCGUGUUGACGACAGGAGACAUUGUGCCGGCCGACAUCCGUCUCAUCCACAGCGCCGACUUCAAGGUCAACGAUUGA